UCAACUACUUGAAUGAAAAACAUGUUUUUGUGAGACUACUAUAGCCAUUUUCUGGGAAAACUCCCUCUACACCAUAGUGAUGAGAAGAAUCCCCUUUCCCCUACUGAAACGACCUCCGAUCGCACUGACCCACCGAACUCAACCUCCACACCGCCACAAUGCCGCCGCCGCACCACCACCACCACCACCGUUCAGAUCCCUAUCCACAACCUCUCUCCCCCUCCCUCCCCCGGAGCUCGUCGAGCCAUUCUGCGACCUCUCCGACGUCGCCGUCUCCUCCCCGCAACCCUCCCCAUGGCUCACCCAAAUCCUCAACCUCCUCGACGGCUCCCCCUCCAUGGAAUCCAACCUCGACUCCUUCUGCCGCCGCUUCCUCAUCGCCCUCUCCCCCGCCUUCGUCGCCCACACCCUCCGCUCUCUCACCGACCCCCACACUGCCCUCCGCUUCUUCACCUGGGCCUCCACACACCACCGCCAAUACUCCCACACUCUCGACUGCUACGUCUCCCUCAUCAACCUCCUCCUCCUCCUCUCCUCCGCCGACCCCGCCGUAAUCGCCUCAUUCCGAACCGUCUUCGCUGACCUGAAACGCCGCCAGCUCCCGCUCACCGCCCGCGCUGCGAAUUCCCUAAUCAAGAGCCUCGGCGGCGCUGGCCUGGUGGAGGAGCUGCUGUGGGUGUGGCGCGGGAUGAACGAGCACGGCAUUGAGCCCGGUCUCUACGCCUACAACUCGCUCCUCAAUGGCCUGGUCGGUUCCUCAAUGGUGGAGUCCGCGGAGCGGGUUUUCGAGGCGAUGAAGGAAGGAAGAACGAAGCCUGAUGUGGUCACCUACAACACCUUGAUCAAGGGGUUCUGUAAAAUUGGGAAAACGCACAGGGCGUUCGAGGUGGUUCGGGAGAUGGAGGGUGAGGACAUUGGCCCUGAUGUGGUUACUUACAUGACCCUGAUGCAGGCUUGUUACUCCCAUGGGGAUGUGGAUUGUUGUUUGAGCCUCUACCAUGAGAUGGAAGAUAGAGGGUUAGAGGUUCCGCCGCACGCGUUUAGUUUAGUGAUUUGCGGGCUGUGUCGGCAGGGGAAGGUUGCUGAGGGAUACGCCGCGUUUGAGAGUAUGGUUAGGAGAGGUGUUGAGGCCAACAAGGUAGUGUACACUGCUCUCAUUGAUUGUUAUGGCAAGAGUGGGAACUCUGAUGGGGCUGUGAGGUUGUUUGAGAGGAUGAAGAUGGAGGGGAUCGAGCCGGAUGAGGUUACGUAUGGUGCUCUUGUUAAUGGGUUGUGCAAGAGUGGGAGAGUGGAGGAAGCUUUGGGUUACUUCAGGUUUUGUGAUGAGAAUGGGAUUGGUGUUAAUGCGGUUUUGUAUUCGAGUUUGAUUGAUGGACUUGGGAAGGCUGGGAGGGUGGAUGAAGCUGAGAAGCUGUUUGAUAAAAUGCGUGAGAAGGGGUGUCCGCGGGAUUCAUAUUGCUACAAUGUUCUCAUUGAUGGGUUGUGCAAGUGUGGAAGGAUUGAUGAGGCUCUUGUUCUGUAUGAGCGGAUGGAACAAGAAGGUUUCGAACAAACGGUUUAUACUUACACGAUACUCAUCAGUGAGCUGUUUAAGGAGCACAGGAAUGAAGAGGCUUUGAAGAUGUGGGAGGUGAUGAUUGACAAAGGUAUCACUCCAAAUGUUGCCUGUUUCAGGGCUCUUUCCAUUGGGUUAUGUCUUUCGGGGAAGGUUGCGAGGGCUUGCAAGGUGUUGGAUGAGCUCGCCCCCAUGGGUUUUGUUGUUGAAAACGCGUAUGAGGACAUGAUUAUUGCGCUGUGCAAAGCCGGUCGCGUUAAGGAGGCCUGCAAGUUGGCUGAUGGGGUUGUGGGUAGGGGUAGGGAGAUACCUGGGAAGAUUCGGACUGUGAUGAUUAAUGCCUUGAGGAAAGCUGGGAAUGCAGAUUUGGCUAUCAAAUUGAUGCAUAGCAAGAUUGGUAUUGGGUAUGACCGAUAUAGGAGUGUUAAAAAGCGGGUGAAGUUCCAAACCCUUUUUGACAGUUGAUUCUAUUUCUUCAGCUGGAUAUUACAGUAGAAAACUAUUUCUUCAGCUAGAUAUGACAGUUGAAAAUGUCGCAUCUUUGGAAGCUUACUGGAAACUCACGUAUGCAUAUAAGCUAUGGUGAGCAACUUCAGCCAUUGAUACGCUAUUUUUAUCAACUCAAAAGCGGAAGCAACUUUGGAUUCAAUGUGAAGGUGCAGUUAGUGUUUAAAUGCAAAUCUGGAGAAGAAUAAAAGUGAUAAUAUUUGGAGUCACACCAUUGCUGGAGGCUUAACGACAUAGCAGUACUAGGCUGAAUGUUGUGAAUUGUGAUGCCAAAUGAGAUGCACUUAUUGUUUGCAGGAUCCAUUACCAUGCAGAUUUGGACCGUCAAAUCGUCUUUCCGAUAUGACGCAGGAGGGGAAAAACAAAUCCUUGAUAAGAAUUUGAAGAACUGGCUGUGUUCUUAGCUUUAAGGGAUCAUGUAUCACCAACAGUUAAAUGAACCUGUCUCUUGUGGCAGCGGUUGGGUUAAUGAUUCUCAAGACCUGUAACUGAUUAUAUUAUACAUUUGACUGAAGGGGGAGUUUUUUUGUGGAAA